UAAAAAGAUCGGUUAACAAGAUGGCGGACCACUUUGACGAGAAGAGUGGAACUGUCCCAUCGAAAACUCCAUGGGGGAAUUGGGCACAGACGAUUGAUGAAGUUUUCAUCGAGGUCAUUGUACCAAAAGGAACCAGAGGGAGAGAAAUCGUGUGUGAUAUCAGUCCAAAAAACAUAAAGUUUAGCUUAAAAGGACAAGAAUUUUUCAAGGUGAUCGGCCUUUUAGAUCAAAGUUCUAGAUUGUGAUGACUUCGUUGUUUGUGGGGAAACUUUAACUUUUUUUAUUUGUAGAGAAAAGCAAGUUUGUAUCGUGUUCUUUUAAGCCAUGCAUUGCUGUCAGAUUUUUAACGUGGUUGUGAUAAUUUUCAUGAUAGGGAGAACUCUAUGGAACAGUUUUAGCUGAUGAAAGCACUUGGACAUUAGGUAAAUAAGCUUGAUGAACGUUUCUUUUAUGCGGACAUAUCAUAAGUAUCGUAGGGUACUGCAAUGGCUAACUCAGUCCCAUUAAUUAAGUACAAGCCUGAAAUAAUAGGACAAGUUGCAGUGGUGCAUUCCUUUGGGGCAGACCACUUUCCUGUGAACGCCUGAAAUGGCCUGGCCGUGGUUGCUUACGAUUAGUUUUCUUAACGGGACUUGCAUGCAGUCAAUAAUUCCACGCUGAAAUUUAGUACAUUUCGUGUUUGUGCUUGAAGUCAAAUGCAUGACUAGAAAUUUAAAGAGGACUACUUGCAAAGAAGCCCAAGACUAGAUGAAUCAACCACCUAUUCCUGUGAGUUUUUUAUGUCAUAUGAAUUAUGGGGGGUAUCCAGUUAUAUAGAUUAUUAUUUUCAAGGGUUAGCCCUAUUCAGAGAAAAUAAUGAAGGGCUAAUGCUCAAAAUUUCAGCUUUAGAAUCUCUUUGCAAUGGCCAAUUCACAUUAUCAACUCAGCUGAUGAAACCAAAUUAUAUUUUUUCAAUGUCAGUUGUCUUUGAUUUACUUUUAGAGGACAAUGAACUUGUAAGAAUAAUUCUGGUGAAAUCUAGCAGAGAUGCAGCUAGUGGCUGGAAAUCAUUGUUGGUCAGUGAAUAUUCUGCUGACCCGUGGACUUUCAAUGAAAUGGAAAAGAAGCUAACAUUAGAAAGAUUCCAGAAAGAGGUAACCUCUGUCUUAAUAGGUUUUAAUCAAAGUUAAGAUUGAGGGACCCAAUAACAGAGGGCAAAAUGACUUGUUUUGUUAUUUUCCAACAGAAUCCUGGAUUUGACUUCAGCAAAGCUAAUAUAACAGGAAACUAUUCUGGUGGAGGUCCAAAGUUUCCAAGCUGAGAGAAAACUUAAAUGUAUAUACAAUGAGAGUUGACCAGAAAAGAGACUUAAUGAAUGAAGGACUAGGUCUUAAUCAAACACAAUGAGAUAAUGUGUUUUUAUUAACUGAGUUGAUUCUUUAACCUGGCUCCCGUAAACAGGUUCUAAGCUACUGUUUCGAGCAUUAGCCCUUUGUCUUUUGCUCUGAUGAAGGGCUAACACUACAAACACGAACUUAGAAACUCUUUUUAGCGGUCAAUUUACGUUAUCAACUUAGUUGAUAAAACCAAAUGAUCUUGUUAUACUUCCCCACUGACGCAGCACCACUAUUUCUCUAAAAAAUUACCCCCUUUACUCAUUAAUUAGAGAUAGAUGCAGAUGGGCACCUGGUUGCAUGCCAACAAAAGACUGGAAGCAAUGUGUCACUUAAUGUUAAAAAGAUAUUGUUAACCAUACUCCUUUACUGGUUUCUUACUUAGGGCCAAAAUGCUGUCUUUUCACAAUGAAAAGGAAGCCUGCAGAAGAAUCUAGUAAACAAAUUACAAAACAAACAAGGGAUUGAAAUCAUAGCUUCCCUUGUCAACUACGUUGGUUUGCUAACUUUAUGUUGUGUUCAAACACUGUAGAGAGA